AUGUCUUCGACGAUCUCCAAACACCACUCCGGCCAGCUUUGUGGGCCCUAUAAAAGCAAGUCACUUGGCAAAAACUAUUAUGAAACAGAGCGAGACGGCACGAGUUCAGGUAUUUCCUCAUUUCAGAAGAAGAUGGAAAUAAUAUCGGCGUGCACGAAAGCAAGCCCUGUUUCGCAAGAAUUAAUUUUACUUCCCGGUAACUUAACAAUUACGGCUAGUAAACAAAGCCUUUUUGCUCAUGUCAGGGACUUCGGUUCGAAUCACUCAGAUGUACCGAAGAACCUAAAGUACGCAAGGCUGCUUCACAUGAGAAGACCCAAACACAAUAUUUGGCUAGAUGAAAAUAUCCUCAAGGUUCUUUUUCAACAUCUACGACAGAGAGAUUUAUUGACUUAUUCGGUAGUUUGCAAACAAUGGCGAGAACUUUUCGUUGCCAACUUUACGGAGGGUCUAAGGUUGGUGAUAGACUUCAAAAGAAUCAGCCCGUUGAAGGGCACUAUCCUGGAACAGCAAUUACGGCUGGCUUAUCGAUGGAAAAUAACCACUCUUGCACUGGUCAAUAUGCUAAAUGAACACAUUCCCUACUUCAUGAGUGCAUACUAUGUGACAUUCAAAGAAUUCUUCCCCGGCUGUCUAAUCUCAUAUUCUGAGGUAGAGGAUGACAUUUUCAAGUCCGUCCCUUACAUGCUACCGAGGUCACAAACCCAUUACUCUUCGUGUGGGGAGGACCUUGGGUGCAGCACCCUUAAACGCUUGGGCAGUGCACCCUUUAAAAUCCUUUCAAGGGGUUCACGACAUAUCACUCAACUGUGUAUUGACAACUCACCUCUAAGUGAUUGGGCUUUGGAUCAAAUAAUGCGCAUCAUGCACACAGUGACAGUGCUCUCAAUUUUCAGUUGUAAUUGCCUCUCGGAUGUUGCCCUGUGGUGCUGUCUCCGUCCCUGGAUAACUCAUUUAAAUCUGAGAGACUGCCUGCACUUUAAUAAUGAUGCACUUCAGGCCAUUGUUCAAUGUGCCCCCAGUCUACAGGAACUAAGGCUUCAGGUCUACCAUUUAUCGGACCUGGCAUUAGAUUCUUUCGAAGCUCGAAGCCACUUCAACCUUCGUGUUCUUUGGCUUUGUUACUGCUCUGAUCUGACUAUUAUAGGCGUUACCAAGUUAGCAGCUGCCCUUCCUGGACUUCAGGAACUACGCUUAAUUGGCUGUUCUAAGCUGAACGACGCAUCAGUCGACCUUAUUUGUAAAUGUAUGAAGUACCUCCAGGUGCUGGAUCUAUCCUCAAAUAACCUCAUCACUGACUCAGCGUUGGCUUCUAUUGCAGAUGGAUUAAGACAAUUAGAAGAGCUUCAUCUGGAUCGGUGCAAUUCAUUAUCGGAUGGUGGGAUAAAAUCUGUAAGUAACGUCCGUGGCCUAAGGGUUCUGACACUUCGCUGGUGCAGCGGAUUGGGAGAUGAAUGCCUUCAGUACCUAACCAACCUUACCUGUUUGCGCUUUCUUAGCCUUGCAGAUGAAGUACUGUUUGUUUUUUUAGGUUGCAAAACACUUACGACAGACGGCUUCAUUGUUCUAACUGCGAUGAAACGUUUACGACACCUCGAAAUCACAAACACACAGAGUCCCUGCAAAACCAAGCUUUACUUAUCCAAACUAAUGAGUGGUUGUGUGAUUACGGACUGA